CCAUUCAGAAUAUAUCACAUUAAUUUUCCACUGGCAACAACAAAAAGGGAACAGAAGUAACACUGAAAAUCUUCCAUUCUUAUUAACAUUUAUUCUGUGAAAACAAAUUCAACUAAACCUCAAGGGGUGGUUCAGUAGUCAUGGCCUCAACAACUUCCACCCCACUUUCUAUAACUUCUUCUUCCACCAUCAUUGAUACCAAGGCGGCUACUCGCCAAUCUGCAGCCACCUCCUCACAAAUGGUAGCAUUGCCGACCCUCCCUCCACUGUCCAUUCAGUCCCAAAGUCGUGCUGCCAAGACCACUGCCUACUGUCGAAAGAUUGCCCGGAAUGUCAUGGCAAUGGCAACUGGUGAGGCACCAGCAGAAGUUGUUGCAACCACUGAGCUUCCAGACAUUGUUAAAACAAUUCAAGAAUCUUGGGAUAAAGUUGAAGACAAGUAUGCUGUGACUUCUCUGGCAGUGGCUGGAGGCAUUGCAGUGUUGGCUACUUCUGGAAUGAUCUCAGCAAUUGACAGGCUCCCACUGGUACCCGGUGUUCUAGAGCUAGUGGGAAUAGGAUAUACUGGUUGGUUUGCAUACAAGAACCUGGUUUCCAAAACAGAGAGGGAAAUCUUGAUACAGAAAAUUAAGGACACAUACAAAGAAAUUAUCGGAACCAGCUGAAGGAAAAUUGCGGGAAAAUCCUGCAGCUCGAAUAAGGAAAGAUACACAGUAGUAUUGCACAUCACCAUAACCGUGCUUCCUUUUGUUAACUUAAUUUGUAAACAAUGAAAAAUCUUAUGUUUUUAAUUUCAUUUCGGUUUUCAUUAUAGUUUUAUAGCUGUACUCGCUUUCAUUUCACCUAUCUCUUUGGACUAGAAGCAGUUAGGUGACAGUAACGUUCUUAUUAGCAGGAAACUAUUCCGUAU